AUGUGUAUACAUAAGACAUAUAAAUAAAGCUAUGUCAGAAAGAAGUUGAAGAGAAGAACGUAAUUUUCUCUUCACAAGAAAUAUACAAGCAUAUAUAUUGUAUGCAGCGUAUGUCAUGUGACAUUUGGAGCAACAGAAAUAUGCACUACCUUUGCUACAAAAAAAGGUCUGUUCCUGGAUGACAUUUUCUAGUUGUGACGGCAACGUGUAGAUGGCGCACGAGUUUGUUUAUAGUUACGCGCGAAAGCAGCUUAUGGCUUUUGCUGUAAAAAGAUGAGGACGGAUUUUCUUGACAAUUAAAGUUGAAAGGAGAUCUUUACCACAGACAUGGACAAGUUGGCAAAGCCGCAAAUAAUCUGUCACAUCGAGAAAUCGGUGGAUUAUUCGCUCUUUGAUGUCAAAUGGAUACCAUGCAGCGCCAAGUUCGUGGUUAUGGGGUCUCGACCUCGUGGUACCGGCAUUAUACAGAUCUACGAGUUGUCCAGCGGCGAGUUGAAGCUCGUGAAGGAUAUAGAGAGGUCUAAUCAGAUGAAAUGUGGGACAUUCAAGGCUUCCAAUCUUCGGGAUAGAUACCUGGCUACCGGUGAUUUUAAGGGUAAACUAAAUAUCUACAAUUUAGAGGAUCCCUCGAUACCAGUUUACACAGCUAAUGCACACACACAGAUUAUAAAUGCCAUUGAUGGAGUGGCAGGUACCAGCGUAGGAUGCGGUGCACCUGAAUUGGUAACUGGAUCCAGAGAUGGAAGUGUUAAAGUAUGGGAUCCCAGGCAAAAGAGUCGACCAGUUGCUAUUAUGGAACCUAAGGAAGGGGAAAGUCGACGAGAUUGCUGGUCGGUCGCAUUUGGCAAUUCUUACGAUUCUGAGGAAAGAGUAGUGGCUGCGGGAUAUGAUAAUGGUGAUGUCAAAAUGUUUGAUCUGAGAGCAAUGACGGUAAAGUGGGAAAGUAAUCUGAAGAAUGGAGUUUGUAGUCUCGAAUUUGACAGAAAAGACAUCCCCAUGAAUAAGCUGGUUGCCACUACGCUAGAAUCAAAAUUUUAUCUUUUUGACUUGAAGACUCAGCAUCCCAAGAAGGGCUUUCCGUAUCUUGUUGAAAAGGCCCAUAAAUCGACGAUAUGGCUGGUUAAGCAUUUACCGCAAAAUCGCGAAUUAUUCGCAACCUGCGGAGGUGGAGGGACUAUCUGCCUAUGGAAAUAUAAUUAUCCAGAGAAAAGAAAAACUACGGAUGUCGAUGGGAUCGAGCAGGGUGUUGUGGGCAACGUUAGCCUGCUGCAAAAUAGUAUGCUCUCAUCGCAACCCAUUAGUGCUUUGGAUUGGAGUCCGGACAAACAAGGACUCGGUGUUUGCACGUCGUUUGAUCAAUGCUUACGCGUUAUCAUCACCACGAAAUUGAAUACAUAUUGAUUAAACAGAAACAGCGAAAGAUGCUUGUAAAUAUAAGUCUAUAUAAGAAAAGUUCCUUCAAGCUCCAUUUUGUACGCUUAAGAUAGCUAUUAAUAAAAUUCUUAAAUUGUC